GCGGGCCUCCCUCAUUUUGAAAGAUCCGCGCGCACUUCCAGAGCUGCGGUUCACCCGCCGACUGGGAUGUCGGUGUUGCGGCCGCUGGACAAGCAGCCUGGCCUGAACACGGCCACCAUCUUGCUGGUGGGCACGGAAGAUGCUCUUUUGCAGCAGCUGGCCGAUUCGAUGCUCAAGGAGGACUGCGCCUCGGAGCUGAGGGUCCACCUGGCAAGGUCCCUCCCUCUGCCCUCCAGUGUGGAUCGGCCCCGAAUUGACUUGAUCGUGUUUGUGGUCAACCUUCAUAGCAAAUACAGCCUCCGGAACGUGGAGGAAUCCCUGCACCAUGUGGACGCCACCUUCUUCCUGGGGAAGGCAGCCUUCCUUGCCACCGGCGCUGGGCGAGAGAGUCACUGCAGUGUCCACCGAAACACAAUCAUGAAGCUGGCCCACACCUACCGAAGUCCUCUGUUCUUCUGUGACCUGGAGAUAGAAGGCUUUCGGGCCACCAUGGCACAGCGCCUGGUACGCAUGCUGCAGAUCUGCGCUGGCCACGUGCCCGGUGUCUCAGCCCUGAACCUGCUGUCCCUGCUGAGGAGCUCUGAGACCCUGGCCCCAGAGGACCUGUAAGGACUGCUGGCCCCCGAGCCGCCGCUCCCCCCGCCCGGUGACUGGUAGACUUCCGCUGUCGCUGAAGACGGGGUCGGGGCCUGGCGGGCCCUGGCUCGGCGGUCAGGUGCCCGCACGACCCGACUCGUCCCAACUCGUCCGCGCUCCAGCGGGGAGCCCAGCUGGCGGGCCUGCAGCGCCUUCCCUCCCGCAGAGCCCGGGUCUUCACCCACCUGCCCGGAUACAUCGCCACUUCAGGCUCCAUUUGAACAAAGCGUCCACGGCUCAAAACGAUUCAGAAAACCGCUGGCCUCCUCCAUCACCUUGAUUUUGCAGAUGAGGACACGGGCUCGGAACAGUGAGGAGGGCCGGGCAGAGGGGGCAUUGCACUCUGUGACCCAAUCCGACCCACAUCCUGGCCUUGCCGUUCUUCAGGAACCUGGUGUUGCCGUUUGGAGCCUCAGUUUCCCCGGGUGCGGAGUGGAGGUCGUCCUGCUGACCUUGUUGCGUUGUGAGGACUGAGUGAAGUGACCGAGGGGACAAGACUGUGGUUGUAUUUCUCCCUCCACUUGUUGUGUGCUCUAGGUAUUUCAUAAUCCGUUGUAUCAAGGUGCCAGCCAAUUGCUCAGGGAACAGUAACCAUUGUUUGAAAUCACACAGAACUGGGUUCAAAAGCUGGUGCAAAGCCAGGAAUUAAACCGUUUGUGAACUCCUAAGUUGCGGAGAAUUAUGGGCUGGCUCCCCGCUCGGCAGUGAGAGGUUGUGCCUUGACCGUGGCUCCUCUUCUCCUUUGGGUCUAGUUAGAAUUUGCCAAAGUGCCAGGGUCGGAAUCCAGAAAUGCUGUCAGCCAGGUCGGGGCUCCUGCCGCUCCUCGGUGGCCAGCUGGGCACACAGGAGUUUGGGGGCAAACGGGGGUUGGUGGAUGAGACCUCAGGAGGAGAGCCAGGUCUGGGCUCCCUUGGACCAUGCCGGCUCCCCCCACCCCUACCCUGCUUGUCUGUGCUGGGGCCUCCUCAUGCCCCAGCCUGGCACCCCGGGCAGGGCCGGCACUGCCACAGCCCCAGCCCCAGCCCGUGCUCUUUGCGAGAUUGGGCCAACUUGAAACUCAUGGCGGGCGUCGUGAGGACACGGCCUGCCCUUCUUUCCAUGGGCUUCUGCCAGAGCUUGACCCAGCACCGCACCCCUAGUGCUCAGUAGGUUUUGGCGGCCAAACACCGGGCUGAUUUGAGGCCAUCCUGUGGGCCCCCCUGAGAACGUCAGCCCUGCAGAUUCGGGUCAGGGUCCCCAGCGUCCCCAACACAGCAGGGCACCACACGCUCCAGUCUCCUCGCGCCACUGCUCCUGUGACCCCCAGCAGAUCUGUGAGGUGGACCAUGUUUCCCUACUUCAGCUGACAAAGCACUGCUGUCACCAGAGGCGUGUCCUUGUCACAGAGCCAUUCGGGCAGCCGACCUCCGGCCCCACCUUCUUUUUCCUUCCAGUUGUUUUCUUACGUGCCUAAUGGUUGAACAAAGGUUUGGGCACUUCUGGGCAGGCCCGGACUGGCAACACAGAAGUGGACGCACAGGCCUCAUGCCCGAGAAAGCAGCUAUCGGGAAGGGCAGGCUCUUAAGGAGCCACUCGCUUGGGGCGGGGUCCGCACCUCAGGACAGGACAGGACAGGUGCCAAGGUGGCCAUUAGCACAGGGGCAGACCUGCUGGAGGAGGGGGCGGGGAGCAGGGCAGGAGCGCUGCCCGUGCCAGGACAGUCACGGCUUCAAGCACGGGGCUCACAACACGCCCGCAGCCCGCUCGAGGGGCUCCUCAGCGUCAGGGAAGGCAGGCCAGCUUCUGUGCUGAGAUGGACGCAUCCAGGGUUGAAGGAAGAGGCCAAGGUGAGAGGUAAAAAUGGUUGUUGAUCUCAGAGGAGAUGGGCAGGAUCGGCAGAGGUCCAGGGAAAGCCAGCCUUCUUGGUACCCUGGGCCAUAAAGGGUGGGGUUUUGCAGGGCAGUGUGGGGAGCAGGUGGAGGGCGGGCAGGUCUUUGGGAGCUAAUGGAGCAUGUAUCCAAGCAGGGGAGGAAGGCAGUGUGGAUACAGCCUGCCUGCCUCUGUUGAGCAUGUCCCUUAUCGGAGACAGGGGGAAGUCCUCCCAUAACCCUUAGCCUCCCCCCAGCCAGCAUGGGGCACAUUCUCUCUCUCUCUCUCUCUCUCUCUCUCUCUCUCUCUGAGUCUCUGUGCCGUGUUUUCUUUGCCACCUGGUGCCAUUUAACAAGAGAAGUGGCAUCACACUCCAGCCAAGGACCUGAGAGCUUUCCAAGUGCCGGGGGAACACGAUGCUGUCAACUGCUGCCAGCUCUAGCGGGCUUGGCAGGGGCCCAGGAACCAGAGGCCGCCUCUGCCCCACAGCAGAGCUGAGCAAUCAGUUCCCAACCAGCAGUUAGCAGCCCUCCCAGGCCUGCUGCCCCCGGCCAGGGAGUGUGGCUGCUCGGCCCUGUCUGGAGGCCAGGGAUACGGCCUGGGAGGCAGUCCUAUGAAGGGAAGUGAUGGAAAACCAGUCUUUACGCCCCAGUGGUGCCUGGAAUUGGUGCUUGGUGCCGUGUGGGAUCACCACGGUGGAGGGAGACAGGAGAGGCUGCCCUUGGCUUCUUAUGAUCUCGUGACCUUGGGCAGGUCACUUACCCUCCGAGAGCCUCAGGUUCCUUAUCUGUAGAAUGAGAUCAGGCUAAUUAACACCUCUCUCCCCAGCCGGUGUCAGGACUGAGCAUGAGAAACCGUUAUUUUAAACACAAGACUUUAAGCAAACGUCAGAACUCUCAGGCUGGCCUUGGUCUCAAGGUGGGCAUGUUGGAGGCAGUUACAGGGGGUGGGCUAGCGGUCUGAAUGGGUGGGCGGCCUGAGGCUCCUGGAGGAGAGGCCUUCGUGCCGGACCUCGAGCUGCCGCAUCCAUGCUGAGUUUGCGGAGGGAAGAGGGGGGUUCGGGCCCCUGCUGUAUAGAUGAGGUAUCUGAGGCUCUCAGAGGGGCGGGGCCUGUUCGGGGUCCCAGGUUCUUUGUUCCUGGGGCCCACCCCAGGGAGCUCACACCCUCCGUAGGAGAUGGCCCAGGCCUGUGUGUUCUGGCCCUGAUCUGAUGGUGUUUCCCACCCCUGCCGAGGAGGGGGCUCUGCAACGUGGCACCUGAGCCUCCUUCACCCCUCAGUGAGCAAACGCAGGGGCGGCCCGGGGCUGGGCUCAGACAGGGGACCCUGGUCACAGAGGGGAAGUGAUGCAGUGGGAAAGGACCCAGCCUCCGAGUCUCACUGACGGGGUCUGUGGCCAACCUGCAGUGUGACCUGGGGCAGAUCACUUCCUGUCUUCCCGUCCCCACGGCCUCUUGAGGUUCUUGUUAAGUCUCAGCUGCACCUGCCCCGUGUGUGCCCUCCCCAGGUUGGUUGUGCCCAGGGGUGUGGGCGGCAAGGGGAGCCCUGGGGAGUUCUUGAGAUAAAGGCCUGCCACAGCCUGCCCCUCCCCCCACGUACCUGGUGCUGGGCCAGGCCUACCUGACAGGCCCCCGGGCAGAAAUGUACCCUUUGCCCGAGGUACCUGCUGGCUUAACCUCCUUCCCUCAGCCUCCCCUGGGGCCAUAAGGAUGCAGGCAGAGAAUCAGUGUGGAAAGACUUCUCGUAGAUACCUGGAGACUCAAGGGGCAGAGGCGUGGAGGGUGGGGACAACGUGAUGGGUUGUCAGGCCCUGCCCAAAUCUGAGUCCCACCUGAGUUUGACCCUGUGGACUGAGGGCUGCUGAGGACCAGCUCUGGAAGGGAGAGAGGGUGGGUUGUCCCAGUGCCCCUGACCUGGACGGAAGGCAGCCUUCCUUGGAGGCCACACUCUUACAUCAGAAGAAAUGCCAAAGGCAUUUGGGGAUCCCCGGGAGCUAACAUUUGGCAGAUGCCCGGUCUGGCGAUAUAAUGGCCCUGCAGAGCCAGGCCCAGAGGGCUCCCAGAACCUGAUCAUCCUCUGCCGUGUUCAGCCACAGGCUCCUCAAGGGCUGGACCUGACCUCCUCCCACCUGCUGACCAGGAGAGGACCCCACAGAUGUGUGUGCCGUGGUAGGUGGUGAGAGCUCAGGACCAGGGGGCUGCGUGGCUCGCCCCUGAUCCUUCUGACCCUGCUUUCCUCUUUGUAAAGUGAUAUUCACGAUGCCACCUCCCCUACGGGGUUGAGGCAAGCACUGUGGAUUCAUGCAGGGCACAGGGCCAGGCAGGUGACUAGUCGGUACUGGCCACUGCCGUUUUCCUGGUUGCUGUGCCGUUCCCUGGGCCUCGUCUGCUCCUCCCUAGACAUCCUGGGGGAGUCACUCUCCCCUCCAUCCCUGUGUUCCGAGGUCUCAGCAAGCCUUCCCGGCCCCCCACCCCAGGCCCUCCCUGCCACCCUUCCCUCCUGAAAUUGUCUCCCCAGCACUUCCCAGCCCCUUACCUACUGUACGGUUUCACCAUUUAGGUUUUGUCCCGGUUGUCUCCCCAGAACAUAGAACAGUGCCUGGUACAUAGUGAAUCUCAGUAAAUAUUUGGUGAACGAA